AUGGUUAACAAAGGUCUUACUGUUAGGACAAGCACAUUGAAUGACGACGUGGAAAGGAUCUACGGAGUCGUUCCGCUGUCCGCCGACUAUCUCAGGCAUCAAAGGGAGCGCUGGUUGGCUGCAUCUGCGACCAGCUCGCUGGGCUCUCCUCUGACCUCGCGCUCCGGCCACUACCAGCGUUCGGGAUCCUCAGAUAUGGUUGCUGGCGUGCAGCCCCUACCGACUCGGCUAGCUGGGGUCCCGACAAGACGACACUUGGUCGAGGCCAGAGGUGAUGCCGUCAUGCUGUAUCCGACAGGCCGACCGACGAAUGACAAUUUGAUCAAAGUCACCGGCUCCUCCGAGACUGGCACCUCGCUCAUGUGGCCAGGCGGCGGCGAGCACGGACCGGUGGCAGGAGGUGGUAUCCCACUUAAACUUCCCUAUGCUGCACCCAUUCGUUUGGCUGGCAUUUGGCCGACAGGUCGGCUAAAAGAUGAUUUGCCUGAACUGCAGGAUGGUUCUACCGUUGGCGCAAGGGAGCCUGAAAUCGCACAUGUGGCUCGCAAAGCGGUUUGCGACUAUCAGCUGAAAGAUCAAAGUAUGUUUGGUUAA